AGCGCCCUUGAUGUAAACUCCUGACGGCGCGUUAUCAGUGGGAACCACGUCAUUCACUGUCGUGGGGAUUGUCCACAUAAACACCGUAAAAUCUUUCAAAAUGGUGAUGUGUAGAUCGCCAGUUUCGCUUGUUGUUUUUAUUUUAUCUUUCAAUUUUCUCAGUAUACAUGGAGUAUGGGAGCUGGAUAAAACUAACUUUGAAAAGUUUCGGGAAACGGCCUCUUUUCCCAUCUACUUUGUCGACUCACCAGGAUGCUCGCGCUGUCGAGUGCUGUAUCCAUUUUUCUUCGCCGCGUCUCAGAUAUUUAAAGACGACAGGGAAAUCAUCUUCGGACGGGUGCAGGACAAGACGUUGAUACGGCAGUGGGGGAUCGAGGAGCUCCCAGCCAUAUUCUUCCACGAGAAGGGGGAGAAGGAGGCAGAGAGACUGGAGGGCGACAUCACCGUUGACAACAUUGUCAACACUAUUUCCUUAGCCAUGCCCGGCUACAUCGGGGACGUGAAACACCAACACGUUAUCGAGAUAUCCGACAAGAACUACGACGAACUUGUCAUCACACCGAAACAGAACGUCAUAUUACUCAACUAUAAUAACGAGGAAAGAAAUCUUAGGUUGGCAUACGAAGAAAUAGCUUCAGCAUUCCGAUUUGAUGAACAGGUGAUAUUCUGCGCCAUAGACUCGGAUAAAUAUCCACAACUGAAACGAGAAAGAUUUGGUCACCAGGGAAACCCAGCAGUGUUCUGGUAUGAAGCGGAUAAUAAGCAUGAUAAAUUCCUGUAUGGCGGCAAGAUCCAUCCAGAGGCCCUCCUGCUGUUUGUCAACGAGAAGACCAACCUGUGGAGGAAGGAGAACGGGAGGCUGGAACCUCGGUCUGGUCGUAUCGAGAAGCUUGACGACAUAUUCACGAAGUAUGUCCCGCAAAUAAAAGAUAUGAAAAUACCUAAAAUGAGGCAGGCUCUAUCUGAACUGGCGGGAGCGGACCUGCGACAUCCCUGGGAGGCUGAGUUUGCCGAGUACUACACCGAGAUGAUUGAGCGGAUGAUCGAGACCGGAAGCAACUUCAUGCCCAUGAAUAAAGAGCGCGAAGCCGUUCUUGAAAUGGUCAACGAUGUCGACGGCUUGACGCAGAAACAGCGAGAUUUCUUCUUAAGGAAAAUGAACAUCGUCGACUUCAUGGUCUCAUCGAUCAAGAACUACGACCCUACUAAGCAUAUACCAGUGGGUAAAGUGAUCCCCCCUCACUCAGAGAGCAACACGAAACAGCCCCGAGAGGAGUUGUAAUGCUAGACCCACAGUGUAUAUGUGUGAGUAGGCGGAGCUUGGCUGGACAUUGAACUACCCAAUGUAUAUGUAAAUCAUACAUGCCUCAUGAAUAUUCAUCAUCUAGCUUAAUGGUUGUUUAGGAAUGUAGCAGUGUACAACUUUAACAAUGUUAGAGGCCAUGAUAGUUUGUAGUUAUAAGAACUAUUUAUUUCAAUUCAGUGUGCGAAAUAGUUUCCGCAUUUUGCUAGCCAGUCCGUCUAGCUAUGACUGAAAGUUACUAGCCCCCAAAAUAAUUCACUAGCUCGAAACUUGAUAGUAGAAACUAUUACAAGAGAUCACAAAAAUAUAUGAGAAUAAGGUAUUGUCAGCAUGACACGGGUUUCAUCAUUAAGCUGCUAAUAUGCAGAACAUUUAUCAGGCCAUAAUCUUGCAUGAUUUAAAAGUGUAUUAUAACUUUACAAGUCGGAGAGAGUAAUAUAUUUACAAAAUGACCCUAUGAAAAUUCACAAGCCAGUCGGGCCAGUGACUAUGGAGAUUUACUGGCCCGAUUGGGUUUUUACUAGUCACGGGCUAGCGGGCUAGUGGCUAUUUUGCAUACUGUUUCAAUUACGUUUUUGUACGUAGGAUUGGUUAGCAAGGAGGUUUCGUCCUAUUGUGUUAUCUGCUCCGAUUGUAAGCAAUUGUACUUAAUGCUAAAAAUCGCCACAAGGGCGAAUAUGAUGAUCUUUAACAGUAAAUCCGGAUCAAGAAAUCAAUCAACAGUAUUCCGAUGUGAAACAAAGCCCACAUGGACAAAGCGACAAUAACCCUGCGACUAGUACUGUUGUUGGCAUGACUUAAGAUCACUUUGUGUGUAUGGACCCUGUUUCAUAUCAGAAUGAGGUUUCUUCAGGUGAACAUGUUCGUUAUAUUUGCACCGUUGCUUCAUUUCUUCAAUGUACUUAAACCUUCACCCAGUUCAUGUAAUGAGUGGAUAGUUUCCUUAUAGCUGCAUGAACAUGUGGACGUGUUGAAACGGCGGAAAUAAAUGUUUCUUUU